GCGUCAAUUUCCAAGUGCCAAAAUCCCCAGAUUGACGCGUGCGCACGACAAUCCCAUUCUUUGUCCACCAAACGGCAUUCCGGGGUGGAGACUGAGGUGCCUCGAUGCUACUGUCAUAACCCGACAAUAUUUACAAAGCUGUCAGACUUCAGAUAUUUGUGUUGCUCUUUCUGAACAGGGUAUGGGCUUCCUGGGAACCAGGGACCACUAAGUUAUGAAGCUCUUUCCUUCCAGACCUUCCCUGUACUCCAGUUACUUUCACAGCCUAAGCUUUACCUGCUGCUGCUCUCCCAACCACCAUCUCUGCUCUCCCAACCACCAUCUCUGCUCAGCCUGGUACUAGCAGCUUGGCUCAGACUCACUUCAUCACAAAGAAGAGAAAAAAAAGAAAGAGAGAGGGAGAAGAGAUCCCUCCCCAGCUGCCAUCCAGACACACAUGGUGCAUAGCUGCCAUUCUCUAGGCUCCAUCUAUCCCUGUGACCCGGCCUCCAGCUAGCUCCUGGCACACAUCACAUAGCCUAGCCUAGCCCAGGGCCUGCCCAAGGGAUAUAAAUAGGCAGCAUCCAGCUAGUGUGUGGAGUGUGCACUUGUUUCCUUUUUUUCCCGGGUCAUACACACGCCUAGUAGGGGUCACACCCAUUUGUUUUCUGUCUUCCCUCUGCCUGGAGCAGUGGUAGUUAGUGGUGGGACCGAGGAGAGAGUGACGAGGCAGAGACCAUGGAGGUCAAUAUGGAGUAUUGUCUGGCCCAGGUGGUGCAGAAAGACCUGGGGCGGAAGGUGCAGGUGGGACAGGAGCUCAUAGAUUACAUCGUGGAUAAGGAGAAGUCCCAGGACCUGGAGCAAGACCAGACGGCUCUGGACAGGAUGGUGGACGGCAUCGCUACCACCUGGGUCAACUCCUCCAAUUUCAAGGUGGCUUUGCUAGGUAUAGACCUUUUAUCUGCCUUAGUGACAAGGUUACAGGACCGAUUUAGGAACCAUGUGGGAACGGUACUGGCCAGUCUGAUAGAUCGUCUGGGUGAUUCCAAAGACCAAGUCAGAGACCAAGAUCAAAUCCUGCUGCUGAAGAUCAUGGAGCAGGCUGCCUCCCCACAGUAUGUUUGGGACAGAAUGCUGGGAGGCUUCAAACACAAGAACAACAGGACCAGAGAGGGAGCGUGCCUUUGUCUCAUCUCAACUCUCAACAUGUACGGAGCCCAAGGCCUAACCCUCAGUAAAAUAGUCCCUCACAUAUGUAAUCUUCUAGGAGAUCCCACCAGUCAGGUGAGAGACGCAGCUAUGGGCUGCCUGGUGGAGAUCUACAGACACGUGGGGGAGAGGGUGAGGAUGGACCUUAGCAAGAAGGGCCUGCCACAGUCACGGUUGAAUGUAAUCUUCAGCCGAUUUGACGAAGUCCAAAGAUCUGGGAACAUGAUCCCAUCCUCAGGUUCAGAUAAGAACUUUGAUGAUGAGGACUCUGUGGACGGGGGCCGGUCCUCCUCCUCUGCAUCGUCCUCCAAGGCGCCCCCCAGUGGUAGGAGGGCUGUAGCUGUGGCUUCUGUCCGCAGGCCCAGCUCUGCCACCGGACCCGGCAAGAUCUCUGCUAAAGAUGCUGCUGCAGGUGCUGUUGAUGAGGAGGACUUCAUCAAGGCUUUUGAAGAGGUUCCUACUAUCCAGAUCCACUCCAACAGAGAUAUGGAGGACAAUCUCUCCAAGGUUCGGGAGGUUCUAUCUGACGACAAAAACGACUGGGAGCACAGAGUCGUCGCUCUGAAGAAGGUGCGUUCUCUGCUCGUGGCUGGAGCCCUGGACUAUGAUAGUUUCCCUCAGCAGCUCCGUCUGCUGGAGGCCCCUCUCAAGCUGUCAGCUAAAGACCUGAGGUCCCAGGUGGUACGAGAGGCCUGCAUCACACUGGGAUACCUGUCCACGUUGCUGGGAAACAAGUUUGACCACUGUGCAGAGACCCUGAUGCCCACACUGCUCAACCUGGUGCCCAACAGUGCCAAGGUGAUGGCCACGUCUGGCAUGGCAGCCAUACGUCUCAUCCUCAGGCACACACACUACUCACGUCUCAUCCCCAUCAUCACUAGUAACUGCACGUCCAAAUCAGUGGCCGUCCGAAGGCGCAGUUAUGAGUUCUUAGAGCUGUUAUUACUGGAGUGGCAGACACACACACUGGAGAGGCACGUGGCUGUUCUGACUGAAACCAUCAAGAAAGGGAUCCAUGAUGCUGACUCAGAGGCCAGAUCGGUCGCGAGAAAGUGUUAUUGGGGUUUCCAUGGCCACUACAGCCGGGAGGCGGAGCAUCUGUUCCAGGCCCUGGAGUCAACCUAUCAGAAGGCUCUGCAGUCUCACCUGAAGAGUUCUGACAGUGUCGUGUCUCUCCCCCAAUCAGACCGCUCAUCCUCCUCCUCACAGGAGAGCCUCAACCGGCCCCUGUCUGUCAAGAGUGCCAUAGGAGGCAGCAUGACAAGGGGUAAGAUGGUGAGUUCCAGGGUGAACUCCAACUCCGGCGGUUCCCUUCAGCGUUCCCGUAGUGAUGUCGACGUGAACGCCGCGGCCAGCGCCAAGUCACGCCUGAUCACCGUGCCCUCCGCUUCUCCCUUCAGCUCAGCAGCUGCCCUGCCCCCAGGCUCCUACGCCUCACUAGAUGGCACACCCGGUAAAAUUGAUACUGGCCGUGUGCGUACGAGGAGAACAAGCUCCGGCAAUGCUGUCGGAGCCAGCUCUACUGUGACUGACAGCAGGGGGCGCAGCCGAGCCAAAAUGAUGUCCCAGUCCCAGCCUGGCAGCCGCUCCAGUUCCCCUGGCAAGCUGCUCGGCCACUCGUCUGGGUACGGGAGGAUCAGCAGGCCCCCCUCAGCCUCCAGCACCCCUGCAGACAAGAGAAGCAAGGUCCCGCGCAGCCAAGGCUGCAGUAGAGAUUCCUCUCCCAACAGGCUGGGCCUAGCCAGGCUGUGUGGUAAAGCUCUUGUUCCUGGUACUCCUCUCUCCUCCUACAACACGCUAGCAAGGAGCCGUAUCCCCCGGCCCAGCAUGAGUCAGGGCUGCAGCAGGGACACAUCUAGGGAAAGCAGCCGAGACACCAGCCCUGCUCGGGGCUUCAAGCCUCUUGCCUCCCGACGUACCUCCCGCUCUACCAGCGCCUUAUCCACGGCUGACCCCCACAGCCAGUCAGACCGAUUUGGUUUGAUCCACCAGGCCCGCAUUUCUGCCUCGGUGAACGCCAUGAGAGUCCUCAACACUGGCACUGAGGUGGAGGCUGCUGUGGCUGACGCACUGCUAUUAGGAGACUCCAGAAAUAAGCGGAAGCCUAUGAGGCGGCGCUAUGAGUCUCCUGGUAUCUACUCUGACGAUGACGCUAACAGUGAUGCGUCCAGCGCCUGCUCGGAACGGUCGUACGGCUCCCGGAACGGAGGUAUCCCUCACUACCUGCGUCAGACAGAGGAUGUGGCAGAGGUACUCAACCACUGUGCCAGCUCCAACUGGUCUGAGAGGAAGGAGGGACUGCUGGGACUGCAGAACCUGCUGAAGAGUCAAAGAAUACUCAGCCGGGUGGAGCUGAAGAGACUCUGUGAAAUCUUCACCAGGAUGUUCGCAGAUCCACACAGCAAGGUGUUCAGUAUGUUUCUAGAGACUCUGGUAGACUUUAUCCUGGUGCACAGAGAGGACCUGCAGGACUGGCUGUUCGUCCUGCUCACCCAGCUACUGAAGAAGAUGGGAGCUGACCUGCUGGGGUCUGUCCAGGCCAAGGUUCAGAAGGCUCUGGACAUCACCAGGGAGUCUUUUCCGUUUGAUCAGCAGUUUAACAUCCUGAUGAGAUUCAUUGUGGAUCAGACACAGACACCCAACCUCAAGGUGAAGGUAGCCAUCCUGAAGUACAUAGAGUCACUGGGAAGACAGAUGGAUCCUACAGACUUUGUCAACUCCAGUGAAACGCGACUGGCUGUAUCUCGCAUCAUUACGUGGACCACAGAACCCAAGAGCUCUGACGUCAGGAAGACCCUUCAUAACUGGGUGGUGGAGGAGCUAUCAGGCAGGUCCGGUACUGCAGCCUUACUGGAGGGGCACCUGGAAGAGAGGUGUAAGCAGGCGGCCCAGGUGGUGCUGAUUUCUCUGUUUGAGCUGAACACCCCGGAGUUCACCAUGCUGCUGGGAGCCCUGCCCAAGACCUUCCAGGACGGAGCCACCAAGCUGCUCCACAACCACCUCAAGAACUCCAGCAACACCAGCAGCGUGAGUUCUCCCAGCAACACUAUUGGGCGGACCCCACCCCGCCACACCCCCAGCCGGACCAGCCCCCUCACCUCUCCGACCAACUGCUCCCAUGGUGGGCUGUCUCCGAGUAUGUUGGAGUAUGACACAGAGAACAUGAACUCUGAUGAGAUAUACAGCUCCCUGCGAGGGGUCACAGAGGCCAUCCAGAGUUUCAGCUAUCGCAGCCAGGAGGACCUCAACGAACCAAGAGGGAAGAGGGACGAUGCUGUGGGGCGUGAAGGUGUGGCGUCCUCCCCAGGCUCGGAUGCCCGUUUGGGGCUGGAUGUGGUGGAGGGUGGGCGUACGGCCUUGGAUAACAAGACCUCCCUCCUCAACACUCCGUCUCCCCGCUCCUUCUCCGGGCCGCGGGCCAGGGAGUUCGCCCCCUACGGCUAUGGGGACACCAUCACCUCAUCCUACGACAAGAGUGCCCUAAAGGAGGCCGUGUUCGACGAUGACGUGGAACAGUUCAGAGACUGCCGUCGGCAGGGCGGCAGUGGUGAGAACAAGAUGGUGCUGCCUAAGGGCUUUGCUCCGGGUUCCCAGGACCACUCAGACCUUGUGGCAGAUCUUCUGAAGGAGCUGUCCAAUCACAACGAGCGUGUGGAUGAGCGUAAGGGGGCCUUGGUGGAGCUGCUGAAGAUCACACGAGAGGACAGCCUGGCCGUGUGGGACGAACACUUCAAGACCAUCCUCCUACUGCUCCUGGAGACACUGGGGGAUAAAGACCACACCAUCCGGGCCCUGGCUCUGCGGGUACUGAAGGAGAUCCUGAGAAACCAACCGGCCCGCUUCAAGAACUAUGCUGAACUCACCAUCAUGAAGACCCUGGAGGCACACAAAGACUCCCACAAGGAGGUGGUGCGGGCAGCGGAGGAGGCUGCCUCCACCCUAGCCGGCUCCAUCCACCCAGAGCAGUGUAUCAAGGUGCUGUGUCCCAUCGUCCAGACGGCUGACUACCCCAUCAACCUGGCUGCCAUCAAGAUGCAGACCAAGGUGAUCGAACGCAUUACCAAGGAGUCCCUCCACCAGCUGCUGCCUGACAUCAUACCAGGACUACUGCAGGGCUAUGACAACACGGAGAGUAGUGUUCGCAAGGCCAGUGUGUUCUGUCUGGUGGCCAUCUACUCCGUGAUUGGAGAAGAGCUCAAACCACACCUGCAGCUACUCACAGGCAGCAAGAUGAAGCUGCUGAACUUGUACAUCAAGAGGGCCCAGACGACCAACAGCAACAGCAGCAGUUCCUCGGAUGUAUCCUCACACAGCUAGCUGUAGGAGGGAUCUGCCUGUCUGUACUUUGCAUCUGAAUUAGGGAAUAUGGUGUGUGUCCUAAAUGGCAUCCUAUUCCCUAUAUAGGCCACUAUGUUUGGGCUCUGGUCAAAAGUAGUGCACUAUAGUGAAUAUUAUGUCAUUUGGGACACAGUCAUACAGUACCAGUCAAAAGUUUGGACACACCUACUCAUUCAAUGGUUUGUCUUUAUUUGUACUAUUUUCUAUAUUAUAGAAUAAUAGUGAAGACAUCAAAACUAUGCAAUAACACAUAUGGAAUCAUGUAGUAACCAAAAAAGUGUUAAACAAAUCAAAAUUAAUUUUAGAUUGUUCAAAGUAGACACCUUUUGCCUUGAUGACAGCUUUGUACACUCUUGGUAUUUUCUCAACCAGCUUCAUAAAGAAUGCUUUUCCAACAGUCUUGAAGGAGUUCCCACAUGCUGAGCACUUGUGGGAUGCUUUUCCUUCACUCUGUGGUCCAACUCAUCCCAAACCAUCUCAAUUGGGUUGAGGUCAUGUGAAUGUGGAGGCCAGGUCAAGUUCUUGAAAUUUUCCACAUUGACUGACCAUCAUGUCUUAAAGUAAGGAUGUACUGUCGUUUCUUUGAUGAUUAUAUUUGAGCCCAUAAUAUGGGCUUGGUCUUUUAGCAAAUAGGGCUAUCUUCUGUAUACCAACCCUACCUUGUCACAACACAACUGAUUGGCACAAACGCAUUAUAAAGGAAAGAAAUUCCAGAAAUGAACUUUUAACAAGGCACACCUGUUAAUUGAAAUGCAUUCCACCUCAUGAAGCUGGUUGAGAGAAUGCCAAUUGUGUGCAAAGUUGUCAAGGCAAAGGGUGGCUACUUUGAACAAUCUCAAAUAUAAAGUAUGUUUUUUGGUUACUACAUGAUUCCAUGUGUUAUUUCAUAGAUUUUAUGUAUUCACUAUUAUUAUAAAAUGUAGAAAAUACUAAAAAUAAAGAAAAACCCUUGAAUGAGUAGGUGUGUCCAAACUUUUGACUGGUACCGUAGUUGUGCCUCUUCCAGAUCUCUCCAUUCCUGAGAUUCUCUCUCCUUCACCACGAUGGAUUCCUCCAGAUGACCCUCUGCUUCAAUCACAACUUCUGCUCCCGGCCUUUUCUUUAUUUUCUCUCCAGUGAACUUGUCCUUUCAUUUGUCAUCGAAUUUCUUUCUCCCGUUUUGUCAAUUUUUUAAAUUGUUUAUAUAUAUGUGAGGUCUGGGUAUAGGGUGGUUUAACGCUUUUUAAAUUCUCUAUAAGAACGAAUGGGGGUCAAGCUACUGUACAUCUACGGCAACACUAUUUCACUGACAUUUUUCAUAAUGUAACUUUGGAUGCUUAUUUGGUUGAGCAUUCAAAAAGUAACAGGAGGGGAAAGGCGAAACCAGGAGUUAUGAUCUGGUCCAAUAACAAUGAUAUGGUCUAAUAGCAAAUAAUGCCCUGAAAUUGAUUCAGAAAAAAAGAAAAAAACAUCCCUUUAAAAUGCAGUUGUAGUUGGACGAAUGAAUUCCUUCACAUUUAACAAGGAAGGCCAAUUGAGGUCGGAAUACCUCUUUCCCAUGGGGACCACAUGGCAUUCAGUUUGUGAUAAACUAAGAAUCAUAUGGCUGGCCCAGUGAUGAUACAAAGCCCUGAUAUAAACCAGGUUGAAGACUUGUGUUUGGGAACAUUGAAAACCAAAUAUGGCAGCAAUUGAAAUUAGUAGAAUGAGUAGUAAUCUCACGUUUUUCUUUAUAAACUGAGGGAUGAUGUUAUGAAAUCCUAUAAAAAGUGUUAGAAGAAAUGUUUGAACAUUUUAAGUUAGCCAAUUAUGAAGCCUCACUUCAGGUAGGCAAACGUUAUGUUUUAUUAUUAUCUAUUCGUUUGUGAGAAAUUACGGCGGAAACAUUGUCAGAGACCAAUUUGCAGCUAAUAGCUUGGUUCUAACCUGAGAAAUAAAUACUGUAUUAAAUAAAAAUACAGUAAAAUACAUUUGAUCAAAUCUACAUUUUUUUCAACACAAAAUGAUCACUUGAAUGUAAAGCUGUUCAAAAUGUUUUAACUUUUUUUUUGUGAAAUAAGGAUGGAGAGAAAGAUGCAACUGUGUUUCUGUCUUACUCAUAAUAAAUUAUGGUUGAGGUUAACUCCAUUUGGAUUUGUCAAAUAAAGAACAUUAUUUAGGGAAGAAAAGACAAUAAUACAUAAAAAUGUAAAACAAAUCCCUGAAUCAAUCAAGUGAAAUUUAAUGGAUCCCUCCCAACUCCUAAAAUUAGAAUGAGUGUUCUCAACCUAUUCAAUGACCAUGUUGCUAAUGAUGUCAGACACUGAAUGAAUGGGCCAUUAUCAGUCAUGACAACAAACAAACCAGUGUCACAUUUAUUUAUUCCCCCCCUUUUUCCACCUGUGUAGCCAGAUUAUGGCAUUUAACUUGUUAACUAUGAUGCUGCUUAUAACGUGUACUUGUCUGAUGAGUAAAAACCCUACACUUGUAGAUAAUGCGAAAGUCACAUGCUCGGUUUUGGAAGGAGAUCAGUGCAUUCAUUGAGACAGAAUCUAAAGAAACUACAGGCUGGUUUCCCGGAUACAGAUUCAUUCUAGUCCUGGAUUAGAAACUAUUCUCAAUACAGAAUAUCAAUUGAAAGUGUGUUUAUAAUCUUAAUCUGUGUCCAGGAAACCGGCCCUACCAGGCCUUAUGUUCAUUUUCCUAAAUAAUGUUUGGAUCACUUGUACUGUUGAAAGGAGAGGAUGGAUGUACAUACAGAAGUUCUCAGAUCUUAAAAAUGUGAAACCAUUACCCCAUGAACUACACUCAACAGGCUUGCAAACAGAUACAAUCAUAUUCACUAUGAUGAUGCAAAUAUAAGUUGUUUAUAAUAAUACAGUAUUACACACACCUUCCCUUCACCUAACUACAGCUUCUGCAAUAAAGAAAAUACCAUGAUGAGCAAACUAAGUAUUUUGUACAUAAGUUUUGAUCAAUCACCGCUUCGCAACUUUCAUGAAAUGAAAUAAAAAGGUUGGCUGUCUCACUUUGUUGCUCGUUAGCGAAUUAGCUUGCAUGUUUUUGGGCACACAUCCAAUUUGUGCUGCCUUAAAUCGAUGGGUCCUGUUUUGGCUGUUGAAGUGCACUUGUAACCUCAUCAGUUUGGUCAGCCUUUACAACAAUUAAGUUAUUAUUUUGGUAGGAGAGGAAGACACCUGGCCGUAAUCCACUCACUGAGUUCUGUAAAUGGACCAAAACGUAACAGUCUCUGUCUGCCCUAGACAAUUAUGUACACUGUACAGGGCAUAACCGGCUCAAAAUGCCAAGCAGACAUGCACUGUAAAAGCAUCCUAGUUCUCCUUUAGUAAAGUGCUACAUAAUUGGGCAUGUGGCUUUAUAAGGUACGCUGUGUGUGUGCCUUGGUACUUAAGUACAGUAUCUGGCAACGAUUCCCAUCUGCUUAACAGUUUCAAAUCGCAAAAGAAAUGUUUUUGUUUUCAAAUGGGGCCCCAUCAUCCUUUUACAAGUAUGUUAAUUGUAUUUUAUUGUGUGUAAGGGAGAAGCCAGUCAUUGUGACACAGACAUAAAGUACUGUAUUGGCUGAUGACUCAUGAAGAUCUGGCUCAUUUACAGUCCACAUGACCUACUGAUUGAUGAUGGUAUUCCUAGAAAUCUGUUCACUAUGCAUGUUAUUAUUUGUGUUUGUUUUGUCAUGUAAGAUUCAUAUCUGUAUUUAUAUAAUUGUUUUAUUUAGAUUUUCAUGACAACUUGUACAGAAGGGUUUCGUUAACAUCCACCUGUGAUAGAUGAUUUGCAACAAUGUACAUUUGUUUGCUCUAGAAAUAAACAACCAUGAAAGUUGA